GAGGUUUUUAAAAAUUGCAGGUCUCAUAUCUGAACUUCCGCACUUCUGACAGCCAGAAAAUGUUACCGCUCCAAAUAAAGUGAUGCCACUGCAUUCAACCCAAAAUAGCCCAGCUCAAAUGUCGGGCGGGCUGCUUUCUGCUGAACACUGCCCGAUAAUCAGAUCACCCUGAGCUGUUGCCAUGGAUACCAGGACCCUGGAGCUGCUGCAGCACCAGUCAUGUGACCUGUUGGAGGGUCUGAAGCAGCUGUUGGAUGAUGGGAUACUGACAGACGUCACACUGCGGGUGCAGACAUGGAGGUUCGCCUGUCAUCGUGUCGUGCUGGCAGCCAGUAGCCCAUACUUCAGGGCAAUGUUUGCACAUGACCUGGAGGAGAGCAGACAAAAGGUCAUCACCCUGCAGGACAUUGACCCCAUGGCACUAGGGACGAUCAUCCUGUACAUGUACACCUCCAAACUGUACAUAACAGAGGACAACGUUCAAGACUUACUGGUCACGGCCAACAUACUGGGUAUAUCCCGUGUUUACAGUGCCUGCGUACAGUUCAUGUUGUCUCAUAUAACAGUAAACAACUGUUGUGGCGUCUUCCAGUUCGGAAGCUGGCUGAACAUCGAAGACUUAAUCAAGAAGGCGAAAGAGUGCAUCUCUGACGGGUACCCUGAAGUUUGUAAGGGGGCGGAGUUUGUGAACCUGCCUCUGUCCUGUUUGAUUGACAUUCUGUCAGACGAUAGUUUGAAUGUUGAGGAGGAGGAGACUGUGUAUGAAAGCGUCAUGGCUUGGGUCAGACAUGACCCUGCUACUAGGGGUCAUCACCUUGGCAAUUUACUCAAAGAUGUCCGUCUGGCCAUUAUUCCCACGGAAUACUUUGAAAAGGUCAUUGCCAAGGACAAGUUGGUUCUAGAGACUGACCUUGGACAACAGCUGAUCUUGAAGGUCAAAGAGCAUCACAAGAAGGUGGAAGAAAAGAAACAAAGACUCGAACUAGAACAUACAGACACAGAUGUUUGCGAAAAUGAUAAUAUUGAAGGUGCUGACAUCUCAGGGACUGACCAAGACCCUCCGAAUGAAGAUCUAACAUUGUGGAACAUGUUACCAUUUGCAGAACAUACAUAUACGGCCACUAACAAUAUUCACAUUGAACUCAACACUGCAGUAAGAUUCGGUAUGUAUGUUGAAGAAUUGUUGUGUUUCAUCGAUGGGCGAAAUCCUCCGACGUACUUCAACCCUGUUCAGCACAAGUUCUACCUGGGGCGUUGCGAUGAGGGUGGCGAAAUGACGAGACGGAAGUGCCACAACAACGCCGCGAUUUGUACGCCGGAUAACGAGGUGUUCGUGGCGGGCGGGGUGAACGUGAGACCGGGAGGGUCGCGCCGGGAACAGACUCACUGUGAAUCUGACUUCCAUGUCUACAAUCCACAGGAAGGGGCUUGGAUGGAGAGGAAAAGGAUGUCCACAGCACGCUGUAUGUUCUCUAUGGGAUGUGCAGGAGGAAAGAUCUACGCGGUCGGCGGGCGAGCUCACUUCACAUACGCCAAGUGUACCUCCACUGUAGAGGCGUACAGCAUACAGAACGACAGCUGGGAGUAUGUGAUCCCGAUGCCAUGUAGACUGUGUUCCCAUGCAGUCGUCUCAGCUCGAGACAGGAUAUAUGUACUGGGUGGGACAGAUGAAAAGGACCAGGUUCAUGCGUCGACCUUGACCUAUGACCCUGAGCGCGAGGUAUGGCGUGAACUUGCCCCUAUGGGGACGGCGCGGUGUGAGUUCGGAGCGGCGGUGAUCGGGGAGGAGAUCUACGUGGUCGGCGGGAUCUCUCCACAGGGCCUGCUCUGUUCCGUGGAGGUGUACGACAUCAGGAGGGACAGAUGGCGGUAUCUCCCAGACUUUCCCCAGGACAGAAAGUCUGUUAAACUGGCCGUACUCGGGGGUCAGCUGUACGCUUGUGGAGGUCAGGUCAUAGUUCAUAGGCCACAGGGUACCUGGUCACUACGGAACGCUCAUGACCUCUGGAGGUAUGACCGUGGGAAUCAGCAAUGGGAGUCAGUAGUGGACAGCAUCCCCUUCUCUACUACCAGUGUCUGUGUUACCUCCAAAGUCAGCAUCAAAUAUCUCCAUACUAAGGAAGAACAAAACUAGUGAAAGAUUGACACUGGCAACCAGUCAGCUUUUGUAUAAAUUCCUUUUUUACUGCUGAAUCUUGAAGAUGAAUGAUUACAGAGUUUGAAGUUAUGAGUUUGAGGCUCAGAUAUUUUAAAGUGUUUGGUGUAAUUGUCAUGUUAGUUCUUUUAUGUCUGAAUUAUGCACACCAGGAAUCUUUGUUAGCAAGAAUGAUCCUCAUUUCAUACAGGGUCAUCACAAAUUUGUUAGUCUAAAAAAAAA